UGUUCCUGGUUGCUCCACAGAGUGGACCAGCAGAGCUCAGAGCUUCAUAGUGGACCGUCUGCCCAGCAGCAUAAAAUACAACUGGAUUCCAUAUUUAUGCUGCUGGAGGACAACAUUGUCACUUUUGUGAAAAAUGAGCUGAAGAACAUCCAGAAGGUUCUAAGUCCAAAUUACACAGAAUGCCCAGAGGGUCAGACAGAAGAUGAUGGGGUGGUAGAAGGUGAUGAAGAGCAGAGGAGGAGCAGCAGAGAGGCAGUGAUGAAGAUCACACUGUACUUCCUGAUGAAGAUGAAUCAAGAGGAAUUGGCUGACCAUCUGCAGAGUAAACAUCUUGCUGCAGUUUGUCAACAUCAACUGAAAUCUGGUCUGAAGAAGAAGUUCCAGUCUGUGUUUGAGGGGAUUGCUAAAGCAGGAAGUCCAACCCUUCUGAACCAGAUCUACACAGAGCUCUACAUCACAGAGGGAAGGACUGGAGAGGUCAAUGAUGAACACGAGGUCAGACAGAUAGAAACAGCAUCCAGGAAACUACAUAGACCAGAAACAACAAUCAGACAAGAAGACAUCUUUAAAGUCCCAUCUGGAAGAGAUCAACCAAUCAGAACAGUGAUGACAAAAGGAGUAGCUGGCAUUGGGAAAACAGUUUUAACACAGAAGUUCACUCUGAACUGGGCUGAAGACAAAGCCCACCAGAACAUCCAGUUCAUAUUUCCAUUCACCUUCAGAGAGCUGAAUGUGCUGAAGGAGAAAAAGUUCAGCUUGGUGGAACUUGUUCAUCAUUUCUUUACUGAAACCAAAGAAAUCUGCAGCUUUGAACACUUCCAGGUUCUGUUCAUCUUUGAUGGCCUGGAUGAGAGUCGACUUCCUCUGGACUUCCACAACAAGGAGAUCCUGACUGAUGCUACAGAGUCCACCUCAGUGGACGUUCUGCUGACAAACCUCAUCAGGGGGAAACUGCUUCCUUCUUCUCUCCUCUGGAUAACCACACGACCUGCAGCAGCCAUUCAGAUUCCUCCUCAAUGUGUUGGCAUGGUGAAUGAGGUCAGAGGGUUCAAUGAUCCACAGAAGGAGGAGUACUUCAGGAAGAGAUUCAGAGAUAAGCAGCAGGCCAGCAGGAUCAUCUCCCACAUACAGACAUCACAAAGCCUCCACAUCAUGUGCCACAUCCCAGUCUUCUGCUGGAUCACUGCUUCAGUUCUGGAGGAUGUGUUGGACACCAGAGAGAGAGAAAAGCUGCCCAGCACCCUGACUGAGAUGUACAUCUACUUCCUGGUUGUUCAGACCAAAGUGAAGAAGGUCAAGUAUGAUGGAGGAGCUGAAACAGAUCCACACUGGAGUCCAGAGAGCAGGAAGAUGAUUGAGUCUCUGGGAAAACUGGCUUUUGAUGAGCUGCAGAAAGGAAACCUGAUCUUCUAUGAAUCAGACCUGACAGAGUGUGGCAUCGAUAUCAGAGCAGCCUCAGUGUAUUCAGGAGUGUUCACACAGAUCUUUAAAGAGGAGAGAGGUCUGUACCAGGACAAGGUGUUCUGCUUCGUCCAUCUGAGUGUUCAGGAGUUUCUGGCUGCUCUUCAUGUUCAUCUGAGCUUCAUCAACUCUGGAGUCAACCUGAUGGAAGAAACACACACAUCAUUUUUCUCAUCAUUUUUUUACCAAUCAAACAUGAAGUUUCUCGUUCAGAGAGCUGUUGACCAGGCUUUACUGAGUCCAAAUGGACACCUGGACUUGUUUCUCCGCUUCCUAUUGGGACUUUCACUGCAGACCAAUCAGAGACUUCUAAAAGGUCUAAUGACAAUGAAAGGAAGUAGCUCACAAAUAAAUCAGAAAACAGUUCAGUACAUCAAGGAGAAGAUCAACGAGAAUCUGUCUGCAGAGAAAAGCAUCAAUCUGUUCCACUGUCUGAAUGAACUGAAUGAUCGUUCUCUAGUGGAGGAAAUCCAACAGUCUCUGAGUUCAGGAAGUCUCUCCACAGAUAAACUGUCUCCUGCUCAGUGGUCAGCUCUGGGUUUCAUCUUACUGUCAUCAGGAAAAGAUCUGGAUGUGUUUGACCUGAAGAAAUACUCUGCUUCAGAGGAGGUUCUUCUGAGGCUGCUGCCAGUGGUUAAAGCCUCCAACAAAGCUCUAUUGAGUUACUGUAACCUCUCAGAGAGAAGCUGUGAAGCUCUGUCCUCAGUUCUCAGCUCCCAGUCCUCCAGUCUCAGAGAACUGAACCUGAGUAACAACAACCUGCAGGAUUCAGGAGUGAAGCUUCUCUCUGCUGGACUGAAGAGUCCAAACUGUAACCUGGAAACUCUCAGCUUAUCAGGCUGUUUGGUCUCAGAGGAAGGCUGUGCUUCUCUGGCCUCAGCUCUGACCUCCAACCCCUCCCAUCUGAAAGAGUUGGACCUGAGCUACAAUCAUCCAGGAGACUCAGGAGUGAAGCUGCUGUCGGCUGGACUGAAGGAUCCACACUGGAGACUGGAAGCUCUCAGGGUGGAGCCUGCUGGAGUCCCAUUCUUGACACCAGGUCUGAGGAAGUAUUCCUGUCAACUCACCAUCGACACAAACACAGUGAACAGAGAACUCAAACUGUCUGAAGACAACAGGAAAGUGACAUAUGUGGAGGAGCGUCAGUCAUAUCCUGAUCAUCCAGACAGAUUUGAUUUCCGCCAUCAGCUGCUGUGUAGAACUGGUCUGACUGGUUGCUGUUACUGGGAGGUUGAGUGGAGUGGGGAAGUUUUUAUAUCAGUGAGUUACAGAAGAAUCACAAGGAAAGGAAACAGUAGAGACUGUUUAUUUGGAUAUAAUGAUAAUUCCUGGAGUCUGAGAUGCUCUGAUGAUGUUGGUUACUGUGUCUGGCACAAUAACAGAGGAACUCGUCUCUCCUCCUCCUCUGUCUCUAACAGAGUAGCAGUGUAUGUGGACUGUCCUGCUGGCAUUCUGUCCUUCUACAGAGUUUCCUCUGAUUCAAGGAUCCUCCUCCACACCUUCAAUACCACAUUCACUGAACCUCUGAUUCCUGGAUUUGGGUUCUGGUUCUGGUAUGGUUCCUCAGUGUUUCUGUAUUGAGUUGAGUCUAAAGAGUCUAAAGAGUUAUAGGAUAUUUGCGUAAAUCCCAGGGGUCUCAGGGAAGUCCGGAAGUCUGUCUAAGGUAGCCAAUAUUUCAAUCAUAGGUAGCUCUCUAACUCUUACUUUAAUAAGUAAGAGUUAGAGAGCCCCUCUAGUUUGAAACUAGAGGGGCCGAGUGUUACCACUAUCAGACAGCUCUGUAUGGGAGCCGAGAGCAGAGGGGCUAUUGAAGCUGAUAAUAAUACAAAAUAAAGUAUGCCUUUAUUUCUUACCCUCUUCAGCGUAGAGCCUUUAAAACCACAAAAUAAAAUCUUAAUAUUUUUCUAAAAAAAACUGUGGAGCUGAACCUUAUGUUUAAGUUAUGAUACUUCAGACAUUUAAUUUCUACAUAUUUUUAUGUAGAGACCACCUUGUUUUCACGUGGAAACCACCAGGACAUGGAAACGGCCCAAACCCCCCAAAAAGCUUAAAGCAACUUAAGUUAUAAUUUAAAUAAUAUGUAUUAAGACUUGAGAAACGAGAUAUUUGCUACCUGUUGCUCGUUAUCUUGUUUCCCCAGGUCCGUUAAUGUCAUGUGUAAAAGUGAAGCCACAAAGUCAACAAUCACUGUUCAACUUCACAAUCAACUAGAAUUUUACUCAAACAACCAAAUGCAUAUAAUCACAUCAACAGCUCAACAUAGUCAUACCAAGCCAGAAAGGAAACAUGAAUUGCCUGAGAAAAAAUGCAAAAUACGAUGAUGCGCCUUCGGGGAGCACUGUGUGUGGCAGUUAAGUCAGUUCCACCCCAAUGAUCUGACUAGCUGUUUUAGCUCAAUUACUUUUAUAUCAAGGUGUGUUUCUACUGUCUGAUAUGUUCUAACAUACAGUUUAGAGGUGGUCUCAAACAGUCCGUAAUGAUGUGUUGCUGUUUGAGCAAUGACCAUGCAGGUGUUACCAAGGCCAAGGGAUGAAUCUAUCUGCUAUCUAAGCUAUCCUCCCUGUGCGCUUUCCCAUGGUACAAACAAUAGAUGUGCUCAUUUCAUACAGAAACAUUUUACUCAAGACAGCGGGACCCAAGUUUAUCAGCUAUCCGUGUUUUUCAUCAAUUCAAACUGCUUCAAACUGGUUCCUGAACUUCAAAGAGUUCUGCUGACCUCUCCUCUGACACAGGGCAUCAAACAGCAGAUUUUGACUCUAAAAAUUAGCACAUUUCAUAUAAUAUCCUCAAACUCUGAUAAAACCGACAUGAGCAGUUUCAAUACCAAAACAUCUGUUACACUCAAUAUUUUCCGAUUAGUUUUCAACUUCUUUGGUUAUAAUGAACUAAAACAUUUUUCAGAUGAAUAUGACUUAUACACUCUUAAGAAUGUGAUAUAAUAUAAACAACUACUGAUUAGACUAAUUUUAAUCAAACUGUGAUCAUUAUAUCUAAGAUUAAUUUAUGUAUUGAUUAAAACAUGAAUUUAAAUGUAACCUAAAUUGAGGCCUACUCAAAACAAUCGUGAUUUGUCUAAUAUUUUAACAUGCGCUAAAGUUAAACAUAAUUAAAACUAGCAUAAUUAAACUAA